AUGCAGUUCUACAGGAAGCAGCAUCUCAUUCACUUCCUGUUGGCGGCGGCGUCCCUGCUGGUUGGGGGCCGGUCCGACCCCCGUACCCUCCCCCCUCUCCACACCGGGCACCCCUUCCUGUUCCUGUGGAACGCCCCCACCGAGCUCUGCGCGGAGCGCUACGCCGUGACCCUCGACCUCUCCCACUUCCAGGAGGUGAGCAGCACCCUGAAGGACGCCACCAACCAGAGCGUGUCCAUCUUCUACACCGACCGCUUCGGACUCUUCCCCUUCGUGGACGAGGACACCGGGGAGGUGCUGGAGGAGGGGCUGCCCCAGCUGGUGGACCUGGACGACCACCGCGCCGAGGCCAAGGAGGACAUCCUGUUCUACAUGCCCGACCCGCGGCCCGGCCUGGCCGUGCUGGACUUCGAGGAGUGGCGGCCGCAGUGGGUCCGCAACUGGGGCGCCAAGGACAUCUACCGGGAGCUCUCCAUGGAGACGGUGCGGCUGAAGAACCCCGCCCUCAGCGAGGAGCAGGUGGAGGACCGCGCCAGGGGGCUGUUCGAACGCGGCGCCCAGAAGUACUUCCUGCGCUCGCUGCGGACCGGGAAGCGGCUGCGGGGCGGCCGCCUGUGGGGGUACUACCUGUACCCCGACUGCUACAACUACGACUACAACCAGGACAUGGAGGGCUACGGGGGGGCGUGUCCGGAGCUGGAGCAGCGCAGGAACGACGCUCUGCUGUGGCUGUGGCGGGAGUCCACCGCCCUCUACCCCUCCGUCUACCUGGAGCUGGCGCUGCGCGGGAAGCCGCAGGCGCGACGCUUCGUCCGCCACCGCAUCCAGGAGGCGGUCCGGGUGUCCCUCCUGGCCGACCCCGCCUUCUCCACCCCCAUCUACGCCUACAUCCGGCCGGUCUUCAAGGACAGCGUGGAUACGUACAUGUCAGAGGACGACCUGGUCAACACCAUCGGAGAGGCAGCCGCUCUCGGGGCCGCUGGCGUCGUCUCCUGGGGAGACAUGCAAGUUACACAGGAUGAGGACUCCUGCGUGGACGCCAUGCUCCACCUGAAUGACGUCAUGAAUCCCUACAUCCUCAACGUGUCCACGGCGGCGCGCCACUGCAGCUGGGCGCUUUGCGGGGGGGCGGGGCGCUGCGUGCGGCGGCACUGGGACAGCGACACCUACCUCCACCUGGACCCCCGCCGCUUCUCCAUCCGGCGGCCCCGACCCGGCGCCCCGCUGACCGUGACGGGGGGGCCGAGCCAGCAGGACGUCUUGUGGUACGACGAGGGCUUCCGCUGCCUGUGCUACUCCGCCGAGCCCUGCUACCGACCGAUAAGCAUCAACGUCGUCAUGGAGGAGGUCACCGCCGUCGGCCGCUGCGAGGCGCUGCCGUCCGCGCACCACCGGCUCACCCUAUUGGCUGCUGCUGCGGUGCUGCGCGCUCUUAUGUCUUAA